AAGGCGCUAAUGCCAUCUGCAUUGAUGGGUGUCAAAAUGGUGAAUCGCAUAUUUGAUUUUCAACCCACUUAAUGGUUUUUUUCAUGAAAAACGCAUUUUGUAAAGUUGAAAUACAACGAGCUAACUUUCAAUUUUGGAUCUUUUUCUUACACGUAUCCGUAUAAGUUCUUGCUAUUAUGCAGACGGUGGAAGGAGCCAUUGAGGCGUCAAUUGCUCAAUCUGCCAUUAUUGAGAAACAGGGACAAAAACGUAUAUUCAAGAUUAUUGUAAUUGGGGAUUCAAAUGUCGGAAAGACUUGUCUUACAUUCCGUUUUUGUUCUGGGAAAUUUCCAGAUAAAACUGAAGCAACAAUAGGCGUAGACUUUCGUGAAAAAGUUGUUAAAGUUGAAAAUGAAACGUUAAAGCUUCAACUUUGGGAUACAGCUGGCCAAGAGAGGUUCAGAAAAUCGAUGAUUCCUCAUUAUUAUCGAAAUGUACACGCUGUUGUAUUUGUAUAUGAUGUUACGAAAACCUCAAGUUUCGAUAAUUUAACUCACUGGAUUAGCGAAUGUAACCAGCAUAAACUUGGAGAGGGAAUACCAAGAAUCCUUGUGGGGAAUAAAUGCGAUGAUCAGCGCAAUGCAGUCGUGCCGACGAAUACCGCCCAAAGGUUUGCUGAUAAUCACAAUAUGCCGCUAUUUGAGACUUCUGCAAAAGAUGACUCAGAGAGCGACCACGUUGAAGCCAUUUUUAUGACGUUGGCUCAUAAACUAAGAUCAUCAAGACCCAUGAUGCCACCAACUUCAAAUAGAAAUAGUUUGAAUAUGAGCCGUAACAAUAGUCAAAGUGACCAAAAUUUAAGAUGUUGCUUUUAA